CUUCUACAAUGGAGCCGAUUCCAGCAAAGUCUACAGACCCUGCCAUACCAAGAGAGCACGAGGAGUUGGCUUUCUCUGGGGACCGGUCAGCAAAUACCACUACAAUCACAGAAACUUUCAAAUCUACAGCGGAACUCUUGGAAGAUCCGACUCCUCCUGGUCCCUUCGAGCUCGCCAUCAAGAGAUUGCCUAAAGACCUCCUCAAGCCAUUCAACGCCACGAGUUUCGAAACAAAGAAUGCAGAUGAUGACAAGUUUUUUCCGUCCACAGACCAUAAUACACCGACCAUUGUGCCGAAUUCCCUCGACUUUCUCUCAGCUGACGCUGCCGGCUUUGGCCCACCCUUUUCUGGUCCGUUCGGUGAGUCUACCUCCUUCCCUAAGACUUCCAUAAAGAAGCCCACAAUAGUUACCUCGCUCACAAUAUCAGACCAAGGCACAUUCCCAAGAUUUAGGAGCUUUCCAGUUGAGUUAAAGCUCAAGAUAUGGAACCAUGCCAUUGCUGAUAUCACUCCUCGUCUCGUCACAUUGGCCCCUAAAAGCGGAAAAGUCCCAGCCUUGUUACACACCUGUCGUCUAGCCCGACAUGCAACUAAGAAAGCCUAUUCGAGCAUCUUAGAUCUCGGACUGAGGUUGGGACAACGUCAUGGUUUCGAGGCAUUGGUUAGGUAUGAAACUGAUACGGUCUUCCUGACUGCGAUGAAACAAACACGCGGGCCUGGACAAAAUCCAUUAUCGCAUGCCAUGGAAUGCUAUCCAAACAUACUCCUUCCGAUAAAGAAGCUGGCUAUCAAGACGAGACGAUUUGGCGACCACGACUUCUGCCGGACCGGAAUCAACAAUUUCUACUUCUGGGAUAAGCUUGCUGUGGCAUGUCCAGCCCUUGUGGAAAUUACCUUUGAUCUGAAGGGAAUGACAUAUGACUACGGAGAUACCUUGCUCACUAGCCCUUUUGCCGAGUGUUUCUUCAGGGACAGCUUGGAAGACAGUCUUGAAGAUGAGCGAGUCAAAGGGCGCUUUUUAAGGUUGACCGUGUACACUAUCUCUGGACUGGAUGGACCAUGGAAGAAGAGUAAAAAGGUGCGGAAGUGCCUCAUCACUGAAGAUGCAGAUCGAUGA